GCCUUGGAGACAGUGAGGCGUCGGGGGGGCCCCGGGGCCGGUCCGGCGGGUCGGGGGUGUCGGGGGUCGGACCGGGGGGACACGGGCCGGGGGCUGCACUGCUCCCCCCGGGGUCACGCGUGGGCAGGCACCGCGGGUCGGGGGAGCCACGCCGCCGCCUCACCUGAGGGUCCGGCAGCAGGCGCUCCCAGGUGAGGCAUGGAGAGCGGGCAGGAGAUCCCGGCCCUCACGGACACGGCUGCCGAGUUCCUGAGCCUCAUCGGGCUGAAGGAACUGGAGCACUGCCUGUUCGCCGAGACGCUGGCAGUGGUGGGCACAGGGGACCCGCCAAGGGACAAGGCAGAGGGCCAGUGGUGGAUGGCAGCCCAGUGGGCACCCUACAAGCGGGAAGGUGAGCCAGUGCGGAACUGCAUCCUGGUGCAAGCCAGGUUCCGAGGCUGGCAGGAUGGCGUGCCUAGAUGCAGCACCCUCAAAGCCUUUGUGACCCCACAGCUGGAGACCCUGGAGCAGGAGGAGCAGGAGUGCUUGGAGUUCAGACCAUACCCCACAGAGAAGAGUACCCACAUGGUGAGCCACCAGCAUGGGAUGACUGUCACGAAGACCCUCCAAGAGGGAGAGGCAGAGCCACAGUGCCAGAGCUUCUCCUACAGCCAGGCUGAGCUGCGGGGGCUGCUGCUGGAGGGUGCCAGCCUCCUGCUGCUGCGGGUGCUGGCACGCCGGCACACAGUGCCCCCCGGCCUCAUCUUCCCAGCCAUUGACACCGAGGGCCACCUCUGCACCUCCAGCUACUCUGCCCUGGGCAUCCAGCGUCAGGCAGUGGGCUCUGCAGAGACAGAGGUGUUUGUGAUGGAGCGAGCCAUGCACACCAGCACAGGCAUCUCCACCGUCUGGCAGAGCAGCUUCCUCCCCAAUGGGCGUUUGGUUCAGAUGAUGCAAGUUGGCUCCCCAACGCUGAUGCUUCUGCAGGAUGAGUCCAUCCUCAGCAAGUCAGGUGGGUUUGAGCCCCAGCUCCCCUUCCCCAAAGAGCCCCUGAACUGGGAGGAGGACGUCCAGCUCUGCUCCUGGUUCCUGGACAGGAAGAAUUCUUUGCCCACCAGCGGCCCAUGGAUACCCCCUUUGCCUCCAUUGGGUCUGCCAGCCCUCUCCCCAGCUCCCCACCUGACCACCCUCCAGCUAACGGAGAAUAAAGCUGCCAAUACUGCCUGUCCCAGUCUUGUUUGCUUUGGGGAAACUGAGGCUCAGGGAGGGCAGGUGGUGCCGAGUUGUGUGCUAAAGCCCCACCAUGCCAUCUGGGUGGGACCCUCUCCCCCUCUCAGCUGUUCUAGCCCUUAGGGCUUAGGGUGGGGAGUGCCUGGGGCGUAUCCUCGAGCAGAGCCAGGCUCACAUCCCCAUGCCCGCCACCACCCCAUGUGUAGACCUUGCCCAACUCUCUGUGGGGCACAGCCUGGAUGGCAGAUGAGUACCCCAGAGAGACAGAUGGAACUAACCAGGCACCCACAGGAGCAUCUGAGGUGCUCCCCCUUCCACCUCCACAGCCACAAGGAUCCUGGGGAUGAGGUCCCCACUUUUGUUGUCACAGCUUGACAGUGCAGCAACACUGGCACCCCAUCUUUGAAGGUCCCCACACCCAAGGUUGACAUAAGCACCCUGUACCGCAGAGCUGAG